AUGCCAACACUCUCGGCAGGAGUCAUGUUUCACCGGCACGACCCCAGAAAAGAAAAAAGCACUCGAAGAUAUCGCCGUGCGCAGUCAGGCGGGAGGCUUCCCAUAUACAAUUCUCGUCCCAAGAUAUGGGGUCCCGCAGCUGCGGCCAACACAGCCACCGGUUCCUGCAUGCGCUCUGCACGCCGAAUACCAAUUUUGGAUCGCGAGAGCUGCAAGCCCGCGUGGACAGGCAGGCAUGGCAAACGGGACUGGAAUCAGGCCUUUGUGUGCCCCCAUCAGAAUCGUCUGUUUAUACAUUUUGUCGAGGCUGAGGGAACCACUCUUCCUGCUACGUGCGGUGUUGGUGGCAGGCCUUUCGCAAGGAUGAUGCUGCUGCUACUAUACAGCAGAGUUCCCAGCAUCUCGCCUCCCGCAAUACGAGAAGAGAUGAGUUUGGUUCGGAGGGUCUUUCUUUCUGCGCUUCUCGCAGGGUUGGGAACGAGGUCGGCAGCGAUACCCGCGCGCUUCAGCAACAUUACCCAUGUUUCAGCGACACACCACACGUCUGCUGCCACUCCAGCGUAUAGCGAAAUCACCAACGCUGCGAACUCCUUAUUACUGCACAAUGUGGGACAGCCUCCAGAAACUAUACCUGCUUUCAACCCGAUAGCGACGAACUUGGAAAACUGCCAUCAGAGCAGGACAGAAGCAGUCGAUCACAACGUCAAUCCCACGGCCACCGGGGCAUCAGCCUCACAAAGCUCGACAACUAUCCAUGCUUCCAACUUGGCAACGGGCUGGAACGCUUCCGAGCAACUGGGCACCGCCACUCACGGACGACCGCUGCACCUGUCAACGUUGCCAAAAAAUGGCCAUGCGUCAGCCUCUCACACCAGAGUGGGCUUAGCCGCUAUACUUUUAGAGCCCGCCACAGUUACUUCUGUGCAUGUACCAACCCCACAAACCACUCCUGGCGGCAGUGAACAAAAUGUAGACCCUUCCUCCCUGUCGUCUGCUACUAGUAAACAAUCACAUCACACGACACCUGGUCCUCUUUCUCAGACCGCGGUCUCUGACGGCCGCAGACAAAUGGACAACGACAACGACGAUACGAAUAAUGCUAUUACGACCGCUAACACACGACCAACCUCUAUCAUGGUCAACGACAUGGAUUCUAGUGAUGGUGUAGGGAAGCUGGUCUCUGCUGUUGGAGAUGUCGCCACCCUAUCUGGAGCAGAUGCAAAGGUCCUUACUCAAGCUCCCACAGCUUCAGCAGAUGCUACAAAUGCUCUGGAUGUGCUGCUGUCUGCUCUACCAAGCAGUGUAGCGGAAUCAUUGGAGUCGCAAUUCAGCGCCACUGCCACCGAAGUCUCGACAACGAGGCCGAGUUCGAGACCUACGACCAGACCUACGACCAGAACGAGGCCUGUAUCAACGACCUCAACUUCAGCCUCCUCAAUACCGACAUCGAGCUCAUCAACAAUCACAUCAAGCUCGACAACCUUUACAAUAAGCACACGAUCCACAAGCAACACGAUCAGCAGCACCUCCUCCUCUCCAAGCUCAACAUCAACCAACGCACCCCCAACCGACUCCAACUCCAGCCGCCUCGAAAACAACGCCGUAGCAGGCAUAGCCACCGGCGUAACAGCCGGCGCCGUCCUCAUCAUCCUCGCCGUCGUCUUCUUCCUCCGCCGCCGGCAACAAGGAAAACCGUUCUUCGGCCCACGAGCCUCCCAACGCUCCAAGACCAGCGGUCGAGCAUACCCCGAAAUCGCCUGGCUCUACGAUCCCGCACCCACCCCGCCCAACGAACCCUCCUCCUCGCAUCACCAGGGAGAGGAAUCCGCAUCAUCUCUCCUCCCGCAAGUGCGAGAACCGGAAAUGGCUGCCAUGGCCGCGGCGCCGUUGGGAAGCAAUCCUUACCGAAGUCCUGAGCUGAGACCUGCCGCCGGGCCCGAGAGUCCUCUGCUCCCGCCGAAUAUGCCUGCCGCGAGGGAUGAGAGCCCUGGUGGAUCGCCGAGUGGUUCGCCUAGGAGUAGUUCGCAGAGUCCGAGGCGGUCGGCGAGGAGUUCGGUGAAUUCGAGUGCGGGCGAUGGGAGGAGGCCGCUGCAUGCGAUCUUUGAGGAGGGUCAUGCUCAGUGA